UUAACAUUUUCUGUGCUUUCUACCAUAGAUCUGGGCUUAGAACAUAUGGUAAUUCAUUACCACACCUCCCAUACCUCCCCUUGCAAAAAUUUCAAAACUGAAGGUUUUCAUCAUAUUGUUUUCCUUCGUCCACUUAUAGGUCUGCUUGUAGCAACAGUGCAAAUCGGAAAAUACCCUCUUCCAUCAUUUUGUUCCCUCCUUUUAUUUGUGUUUUUCAAGCUUCAUUCCUUCAUCAACGUCUCUACUUUUCCCCUUCUAUUCUUCUCAUUUAUACGCUGCUGCCUUUUAUUUCUUUACUCUAUGUAUUUGCACCCAUAUCACACUACUUUACGCUAUAAAAACCGUUUGAAACGCUGGCAAGCGUUUGGAGAUCUACACGGAAAACAGGCGGUCUCCACCAAAGGUAGAAUGACAAGCCCAUUCUAAAGAUCAUUCCAACACUAUACAGGAUCCUAUAUCAAUUUCUGUACUUAAUUUAUUUUUUAUAAAAGAGAUGUGAUCAUUACAUUUGGAAACAUAAAGAAAUAAAAGAAAGAAAGAACAAUUAUAUUACAAAAGUGU